AUGGCUCCUUCGGCUUUUAAAGGCGCCACUAGUUCUCAAGAGGCCAAAGCUUGGAUGGAUGAAAUGGAGAAAGCCUUCAGGGCAAUGGAGUGCACUGAUGAAGAUAAGAUCAUAUUUGCUAUCUAUAUGCUUCAAGACCGAACUCAUUAUUGGUGGAAGUCUGUGGAGCGCACAUUGGCACAUGAACAUGAGCCAGUUACCCUGGCAGAGGUUUUGCACAGCCUUCUACUCCAAGUAUUCUCUUCUAGUCGGUUGAGGGAGCUAGAGAGAGAAUUUCUCAAUUUAUCUCAAGGCACUAUGACUGUGAAUGAGUAUGAAGCAGAGUUUGAUCGGCUCUCUCGAUUUGCUCCUACCCUCAUUAUGGAUGCAGAGUUCAGAAUGAGAAGAUUUGAAGAAGGAUUGAAACCUCACUUACGUCGGGGUUUUGCUGCAGUGCACUCAGUAAACUAUGAUGAUCUAAUAGACAAGGCCAAGAAUCUGAAAAUUGUCUGGAAAGAAACAUAG